CUCACGACCGUCAUACCCGCCGCACACAACCCUACCCGCUGAUUGCUUCACCUGGAUCAACGUUGCCACCCUUGCCCAUCUGCCGGCGUACCUUGAUGACAUUGCCCCAGCAUCCGUAGGCGCGAUUAGCACCACUCUUGCACCAUAGCCUGUACUACGUCCAGAGCUUUCGCUAUUCGUCGUUACCAUCUCCCUGGCAAGGCCGGUCAAACUAGGCGACUUUGAGCGUGUUUGGAGAGAGGGAGUAAGGCUUUAUAAUGCCCCCACGGCCACAAACGGCGGCGACGAAUUCGUCUCGUACGUCCAGCUAUCCUACCCAACUGCUCGACAAAGAUCUGCCCCCAACACCACAAUCACCCUCGACGGAGAACGUUCGAGCUCCCCCGGUACCUACUCGUGAGAUCAGGCAAAGCACUAUGCGCGCAGCAUCUCAAGCCUUCCCCAUGGGCUUCUCCUUGUCUACCCCGGCAUCACUGUCCAAGUCCUCAGUCUCCAUCGAAACUCCUCUCCCAUCGCCCACAUCGACUCCAGCUCUGGUUCGUGCCGCGCUGGGCCUUGGGCUUCCUUACGUCAUGCCGUCUGCAUCAGCCUCCUCGUCGAGUUCUGAAGUCAAUACCAUUGCAUUUCUUACCGCUUCACCACCCGCCGAGCACAGACGCAUAUCUACGUCUCCCGGGAAGGUUCGCCGUGUUCGUAGCUCUCAUACGUUAUCUGGACAAGGUUCUUCCACGCCCCCAGUGGCACCCGAGCCCGUGGCACGCAGGCGGACGCGACGGACGUCUGCUGGUCCCGCUGCUGGCCCCCCUGCAUCGGGAAAGCAGUCACCAGACCCGAAAGGCAAAAGCAAGGCCCAGGAAAUAUCUGUUCAUGAACCUCCCCCUGAACCUCCGGCUCCUUUGGCAAACCGACUCGUGCGAAGAGCCUCAUUCUGGAAGACAAAACGACCUAGUUCAUCUCAUGCUCCCGAAACGCCAUCUCUGACCGAAGGGUCUACUACCUCACGACUAUCUGCAUCGUCCUCGUUCGGCCGACCUUCACUUCCUUAUAUUCCACCCGUUUCUCCAUUCAGAGUCGCUGAGGGAGACGUAUCGCGUUCAUCGUCGCCUUCACAGCACGGUCAUGAGCCCACGCCAACCCCCGUCCCCCCUCCUCCAGGACUUGUCCGUAGACAUUCUGACAGAAAAGCCCCUCGCCAGUCUCCUCCGUCGAUAUCUCCCAUCACUCCUACCGCAACUCCACCGAUACCCGCAUCUUUACCUCGUAGUCGCCAAAGUCGUUAUGCACGCCCUUCCACGGCAGACUCAAUUGUAUCUCGAGAACGCGCGCGCUCAUUAUUCCUUGAUUCUCCACGCCUUUCAUCAACUACCCCUCCGCCAUCGACACCCCCUCUUCCUGCACCUUCGGGCUCGCCAAAGGUGGUUCAUCCUCGGCAACGAGCGCAGACCAACCCGCAUAUUCUGCAGCGGCUGUCAUUGAACCUGUUCUCCUUCGGCUCUCCAUCCGCGCCACCUAUCCCAGACCGUUCCGUGAGCAAUUCUACCACUCAUUCACCACCAUCUUCUCCUCGCCCGUCCAACUCGAGGCCCUCGAUCGAAAUACCCAGACCCAGAACAGACGGAGACACACCCGAAGCGUACAUACAACGACUCACGAAAGCUGUCACGAAAGCUGACAUAGCAAUCGUUUUGGCCACCAAUGGUGAUCAGUUUCACGCUCAAUGCUUGCGGAUUUACAUUGGACGUUUCGAUUUCGCCAAUGAUCCUUUGGACGUCGCCCUACGUAAGCUACUCAUGGAAGUCGGAUUACCUCGCGAAACCCAACAGAUAGAUCGUGUCAUGGAGGCAUUCGCUGCUCGGUACCGACAAUGCAAUCCUGAUCUGUUUAUCUCGGAUGAUCAUCCGUACAUCCUGGCGUUCAGUCUCAUCAUGUUACACACGGACGCCUUCAACAAAUCCAAUAAGAGGAAGAUGACAAAACCCGAUUAUAUGAAGAACACCCGUCUGCCUGGUGUUUCGCCGGAAGUACUGGAUUGCUUCUAUGACAAUACCGUUUUCGCUCCUUUCAUCUUCAUCGAGGAUCCACUAGACGCCAAUGGGUACCAUGCAUCCGAGACAAAUCUGACACAACUUCCGUCUGGUCUUCCUGUUCAAGCAUCUUCUAGUAGCAGUGGGACUCUCGGCUUGUUAGGGAGAAGCAAUAAGAUCGACUUGUAUCACGUCAUCGCGAACAACUUGCUCGAUUCUCUUCGAGUGGAUGUAGAAGCCUACGUUCCGCUGAAAAGCCCCUACCGCUACGAAGGAAGUCUUAGAUCCUGGGACCAUGAAGAACUCCGUCGCAACUUCGUAGAACCCGGUGGAGGUGAAGCUACUAAGUUCGGCAGGCUUGAUUGCAAGGAGGCAAGGGUAGUGGGCGGAAUUACUUCCAUGUCAAGAAAAUGGAGAGACUGCACCGUGAUCCUCACGAGCACUCGACUACUAUUAUUCCGCGACACCGUCCGGGCAACGAAUUUCUUGGAGCAGGCGAAGUCGUCGUCAAGGUCGAACCAACCUCUCACCACCGCUAUGCCGUUCAAGCCUGACGAGCGGCUGUCUAUGAAGGAUGCGAUCGCUGUCCUUGAUUCGUCCUACAAGAAGUACCCGUAUACCUUCCGUUUCGUCAUCCAUGAUAGUCGACACCUUCUCUUUCGAGCAUCGAACGAGAAGGAGAUGAACGAGUGGAUCUCUAUGAUCAAUUACGCCAGCGCCUUCCAGAGCAACAGCCUCCGGAUGCGACGGACGGGUGUAGCCAGCAGGGACGUCGAGCUCAUGGGCGUCGCCGCCGCGGCCUCCCACAUGCGGGACACGAUGGCAGCCUCGCUGCCUUCGUCCGCUCCGUUGCAUGUCUUCACGCGUCCCGAGUCCGAUGAGUUCGGCGGACGACUCACCGACUCUCCGCCAUCUUCGCUUGGGGACAGCAGGAAUGCCAAGUCUGAAGCCGCCACCCCUCCGACCGACAUCGACGUGGAGCCAGGGUCCGCUGAUCUGGACGAGGCCCAACAGCUGCAGGCUACCUUCGAUCAGGUCAAGGUCGACUUGGCUGCUGGCCGAACGCCUUCAUUCAGCGAACCUCCUAUCACGCCCCGCAAGAAAGCGCGAACUCUUGGCUUCGACGAGUCAUUCACACUCUCGCCAGCGAGAAUAUCGGAAGAUGGAGAUAUCACUUCACCUCGCGUGCGGGUUAUCCUGUCGAAGCUGAAAGAGCUCGAUCAAAAGUAUACGACCACCCAAGCUCACCUGGAUUCGGAGCUCCGUCUCGUCCGUAACAUUCGUGUCUUGACGCCAUUCCAACGUACUACUCGAGAUCGUCUGGUCGUCGCAGUUCAGAACGCCCCCAAUCGGAUCAAGCAGCUGCGUCUGGAGGUCGCGAGGCUUGCGUGUCACCGAGAUGUUCUCCGUAGCGACAUGCAGGCGGAAGAGAGGGCUUGGACACAAACGAGACGGAUUGCGAUGAAAGCUGCGACGGAGAGCCUUCAUACUCGACGCGAAACGAUGCUGCCUUCGUUCAACGUCGAAGGGCCCGACCGAUCUUCAUCUUCUCCGCAUGGUUCGUCGAACACCCCGUCCCCUCAUCCACCCGAUUCAUCUGGAGGAUCAUACCACUCUGCUUUCGACUUUGACUGGUCUAUGAGCACCAUGGCGGACGAAAGCACUCAAUUCGGAGUUACGGAAUACAUUGUGGCGUCGCCACUCAUGACACCCGUCACGGAAGACGGUCCUCACGGGAACGGCGGAUCAUUUCCAUUCAACCACCACAACGGCUCGACGCCUCCAUCACACACUCAUUCAAUUCAUUAUGCAGAGUCAACCAGGGGUGACUCUGUUGACCUUCCCCACGCUCGUUCUUCGCACGAGAAAUAUAUCACUGCGCCAGAGAUGCCGGAGGAGGAAGCGGAGCAGUGGGAUAAGACCCGCGCGGCCAAGCGCGUGUCGUUGGUAAAAACCCCUUCUAAUUUUAGGCUAAAUGGACUCGACUCUUCGAGCGGAUCGUCGGUACAAAGGAUACGGACAAGGAACGGUACUUAGAAUGACUUUAAUUUUGCCUCUCGUUGCCAGUGGCAUCUUAACGUAGAUCGAUCUCUUUUUUCUGGUAAUUUACUUUGUCUCUCGCACUCGGACACUACUAUUCCUUAUACCUACUGUUAAGUUAUGUAUUUC